UAUGCCAUGCCUUUCUGAUUUUUAAUGAUCAUGGACCUCCUUAAAAAUGUUGCUCUCCACUGUCCACAGGGUCUUCAGGGGAGAAGAGAGCUUGGAUGUAGAGUUGAUUACGUUCCCCCUGCCUGCCAGGAGCUUAGACCACUUGGGCUGAAACAGGAGCUGUAAAAAUGGCCAGAAUCAAGCUGUCUUUGCUGUUUGCUGGCAUUGUGCUUGCAGUCAUCUUAAUGCCAGAUUUUCUUGGGGCUGGUCCAGUGGGGCACCCAGAACAGGAAGAAGUAGCCGAGGUUGCUGAAGAGAAGCCAGCCAGCUCAUUAGCCCUGAAGAAACUGACACGUAAUAAGAGGAAUGCUGUUGCUUACUACAAACGCUUGCCUGAAUUCUGGGCCUGGUACAAGUACUACAUGAGCACCCACAACCAGGAGGGAAUUGAGAGUUUGGACCAGCUCUACUUGAUCUACUUGCAGAACAAGCACCGGGUUGAUGGGGACAAUUCCUACAAACAUUACCUCACCCACCUGAGUGAGGUCUACAAGGCCUGUGCUAAAUCAGAUGACCCUGACUGCAUUCCAGAGUACACCAGCAAGCCCACGGCUAAGAUUGUUUUGCCUGCUGCCAUGAAGCAAGCUCCAGUGAAUGUGUGUAACCCAUAUCUUGAUCCCUACUGUAUCUUUUCUGUAGGUCCUCAAGCAGCACCUGAGGAGCCUCCUCCUGCUCCUGUUUCAGUUAAAUCCCCCAGUCCCCUUCUGCUCCCCUCUCCCAUAAGAACCCCAUCUGGAUACCAUUACUAUGCCCCAGCAUUACAACCUUUUCUUUCAAGUGAACAGAGAGCUGAGCUGCUCCGGAUCUGCAGCCCGUCUGAUGUAGAGUGCUUGCAGUAUCACUUGCGUGCUGCUUAUGGUUAUAGACCUGCUCUUACCCCAGUGCCUUCCUAUGCCUACCUGGGAUGUGACCCAUCUAAAGACCCUUACUGCAGGCCCACAAUGCUAGCCAAGAAUCCGUCAGGUCUGUAUCAUGUAUACCCUCAUUGUAAUCCCGCUGUUGACCCUCUCUGUGUCAGUAAUAUAGCCCCAGCUGCCCAAAGUGCAGAGGAGGCUCCUAGGGAGCAGCACUGCAACCCGCUGUUUGAAACGGGGUGCAACCCACUCACUGCUAACAGGCUGGUCACACUUAAGGCUCCUGUGCUGCAGUAUGUGCCACAAGGUGAGCUGACUCCCCUCCACCUAGCUGCCUUAAUGAAACCAUUACCGAUUAGCCAACAAGCAAAGUCCAGUGCCACAGAAUGCCAUCCAUAUGACCCCAGCUGUAGCAAUUUUUCCCCUCCGGCUUCCAUUGAGGCAUUCGAGAACAUGCAGGGUGGCAUCAUCUUACCCCAUCCUGACUGUGAUCCUGAAACUGACUACAAUUGCCGUCUGCGCCGUGCAGGACCCACAGACAACAAAAAGGCAGCUGAGGAUCCCAAGGAUGAGCUGGAACGUGGUGAUGACACCAGCAACACCAAUGUAGCACCACAGUACCAGGUCUCACGAUUUGAGGAUUUCCUGAGGGGAUACCUGGGUCACUAUAAGAAAUAAGAGGACAUGCCAUUAUCUGAAAAGCUUUAACACUCAACCCAAGUGUAGUGUUUCAAAAGGAACUCACAAACAUGCUAAAGUCAACAGAGACCUCCUGGUAAUGAAGCCAGAGCCCACACUUCAGAACAGUUCAGAACAGGAGAAGAAGGCCUGUGCUUUAUAGGGAUAAUUUCAAAUCAGUACUUUCUGAAUUUAUGUGUAUUGCAAACUCUGAGGGGUUUAUUUGAAUAUGGGCAAUGCACUUUGAUUUUCUAGUCAAACUAUUAUUUUUCUGUUUUGUACAUUGUAAUUCUAAGUCCAUGCUCUCCAGAAUGAAGUGCAAGACUGGCUUGCCAAAACUGGAAUUCAAUUUAUUCCUUCAAAUUUACAAUACACCAUCCAUGUUUGAAUUGUGAAUGAUAUUUCAUUACAGCCCUUUGAAGAUGCUCAGUUUUUUAAUAUCACUUAUUGCAUGAAUAAAGUUAUUAAAUCAAAA